AUGGGAGACCGUGGUGUGACGUGUGGCACCCGUUUGGCAGCAAAGUAUUGGUCCAUGAAGAUGCGGCUGUUGCUCUUUGCAUCCUUCAUGGCGUGGAGAUUCCGCCUGGCGCGCGAGAGUUCGCAGCAGCUGAAGAAGGCACUGGCAGAGACCGAGGCGGCGCAUUUCGCCUUUCAGUCUCGAGGGCUCAUGCUGGCGGAUGCCUUCAGAAGGUGGCGUCGCUGGGCCGCGGACUUGGCGUUCCAGCGCUCCGUGAGCGCCUUGCUGAGCCGCACCACGGGUCCUGGACGCGUGCUGGCGGUGGUCUCUUCCAUUGAGGAGAAGCGCCAACGCUUGCUGUGCAUGGAAGCCUUCUUGAGGUCUGCGCCGCCUGCGUGCAUCAAAAAGCAACCACGAUUGUGCUACGGACGAUCACAAGAUAUCACAAGUAACUUUCCUUUUGUGCUGGACUGA